UCUGUUCCCACAUCGUCAGCCGCAUGUCUGCGCCAAAAAUGAAGAAAAGGUGGAUCAAUUCUUUGAAAUCAAGGGCAGAGAAGGAGAAAGAGAAUCAAAAGAAACUCAAGUCCCAGUUGCGGCCUUGCCUUAUUUGUAGAGAUGACAAACAUGUUACUGAAAAACGUGGUUCGGGCUUUUUAGUUGAAAGCCUGGAGGUUGGUAAAGGAAUUCCACCUCAUGAUUAUCUGGUAACAAGCGAAAAAGUGAUAACAGAGUUUGGUAAACUCAUGGAAAAUUAUGUCUUAAAAUUUCGAAAUCCAGUUAAAAGUUCGAAGAAGUUUACAGAAUUCCGAUUACAUGAAAUUGCAGCGUCAUCGGAGCCUUACAAGCCUGGGGGCGACACUUCCGGGAUAAUUUUCAUCUGGCUGAAAAGGGAAAGUGAAAAAUUCCCUGAAAGCAGACUUUUUAGCGUUGUGCUGGAGGACUUAGAAAAUUAUGAAAAUUUUUAUUGUUACUUUGCGAACGUCUCUUCUAAAGACUUUGUAGAAUGCCUAAGAAUUAAGCAAAAUGGCUCAGGAAAGUAUGUGGUCGAAGAAGAUGGUCGUUCUUGCCCUACAUACGAGUCACUUAGAGGGAACAAUCCCGGACAUAGACCUCUUGGUGGUGCCAUCCUUAUAGACGUCCAAGGCGAACUUAGAUGUGUGGGAAUGCUUGAUUUCACAGACGAUGAAACAGAGACCGUAUCGCCUGUUUUCUUCUCAUCUAUUUUUCCACGUAAAGAUAGUCCUAGUACAUUUCUAUCAAAUGACAGCAAGGAUGUAAGGCCCCAGGACUUACCUCCUCAAGGGUGGCGUUUGAAAAAAACAAAGCCUUACUUGGCAGAAUUGUCUUUAAAGACAAAAGAGAGGAAGGAGGAGGAGACAAAGAACAGCCCCAAGGGCAACUAUCAGAUGGAGGAGAAGAACCACCUCUUGGGAAAUCGGCACUGGACAAAAGAGAGGGAGGUGAAGGAGAACAACAGUCACAGGGGAAACGAGCAGAAAAAGAAAAAGAACAGGAAAAUUGUACUGAUCAAGGGUCAUCUUCUGGAGAUAAUGAUAAAAACUCAUCAUUGUCGUCACUAUCUGGGAGUCAUCAAGGUCCAGCAUGUAGCAACUGUUGCAGCUUAAGUAAACGUGUAGCUGGGGAUCAUACCAAGAGAAGAAAGCAGCUCAAAUCUGAUUCAGCAUCCAAGGAUAUAAAUGGUCAUGGAAAAACUCCACACAAAUCAAGUGAAUCUUUGAAAAGUGAAAGAUUGCCACUCAAGGAAG